AUGAGCAGUAGUGUAAUUAAGACAGCGCUAGUUACUGGUGCAUCCUCUGGUAUUGGGUAUGCAGUCGUUAAAGAAUUGGCCGAAAAUGGAUUCACGGUUUAUGCAUGUGCAAGAAGAUUAGAUCUCUUGGAACAACUAUCAAGAGGAUACGAAGCUAAUAAGGUUAUCCCCUAUGCACUAGAUAUUUCUAACUUUGAAGAAAUUGUUCAAUUGAAGGAGUAUCUUUCAAAACAUCUACCACAUCAAAGAUUAGAUGUUUUGUACAACAACGCAGGCCAGAGUUGUACUAUGCCAGCUGUUGAUGUAACGAACGAAAGACUUAAUCAAUUGUUUCAAGUCAAUGUUAUUGGUCAUAUGAAUAUUACAUCUCAACUAUGCCAAUUCUUAAUUAACGCCAAGGGAACAAUCGUCUUUACCGGUUCGUUGAGCGGCGUCAGCGUCUUCCCAUUUGGAGCCGCCUAUGCUGCAACUAAGGCAGCAAUCCACCAGUAUGCGCGUGUUCUCCAUGCAGAGAUGAAAAUGUUUGACGUUCGUGUAAUCAAUGCAAUCACAGGUGGUGUAAGCACAGAUAUUGCAGAUAAAAGCCCAUUACCCAAGAGUUCUCCCUUUUACUUCCCCGAAGGAUUAAAGGCGUUGGAAGAGAGAAAAUUAAUGUCGGCUAAAAACUUCCCCAUGUCUGCAGAAACGUAUGCUCAGAAACUGGUUAAAGAUAUACUAAGUCCAAGGGACCCCGUUGAUGUCUACAGAGGAACUCUUGCAAGCGUAGUUUCCUGGUUGAUGAUGUUUGCUCCCUACUGGCUCGUAGAGUGGGUUACAUUCAAGAAGUUCAAACUGGACUCGGUUGAAAAAGCAUUAGGGCAAAAGCGUGAGACUGAGAAGCAAGAAUGA